GUACACUAUAUUUGAUGGCGGACGGGAAAAGGAUGAAGUCCGUACACUCUUCGAGUUUGACGGAUUGUAAAAUGUGUAAGCUAGCUGUGAUUGUGUUAUAUCUUGGAUUUCUACCUCAUAUCUCAAAUGGACAAAAGGAAAUAGAAAAUUUACCAAGUUUAGCAUGUUACAAUGCACAGGGUAAUGCUCAAAGAUGUAUGCCAGUUUUUGUGAACGCUGCCUUUGGAAAAACUGUUGAUGCCACCAACACGUGUGGUCUGACGAGACCCACCGAAUACUGUUUACAGACUGGGGUGACGGGGGUCAGGAAGCAGUGCCAAAUUUGCGACGCCCAGAGGCCGGGGUAUAGCCAUCCCCCCGAAUUCAUGACGGAUUUUAAUAACAACAAUAAUUGGACGUGGUGGCAAUCCGAUACAAUGUUAGAAGGGAUACAAUACCCUGUAGUAGUCAACUUAACUCUUCAUUUAAACAAAGCCUAUGAUGUAACCUAUGUAAGGCUACGUUUCCAUUCCCCAAGACCAGAAAGUUUUGCCAUCUACAAGAAAUCAACAGACGAUAGUGACUGGACUCCCUAUCAGUUUUACAGUGCUUCCUGUGAGAGGACGUAUGGAAAGGAAAGACGGGGUAUUAUCACAGAAGAGAACGAAGGGGAGGCAAUUUGUACAGAUGAGUACAGUAACAUCUCCCCCCUGACUGGAGGCAGUGUACCAUUCAGUACAUUGGAGGGGCGACCCAGUGCUUUUGAUUUUGAGAACAGUCCUUUACUGCAGGAAUGGGUAACAGCUACUGCCAUUCGAAUAUCCUUGACACGCAUGAACACCUUUGGUGAUGAAGUAUUCGGUGAUGCUCAAGUCCUUAAAUCCUAUUUCUACGCCAUCUCUGAUUUGUCUGUUGGAGCCAGGUGUAAAUGUAAUGGUCAUGCCCAGGAGUGUUACCUGGGACAGGGACCCACCCCCACCUUUGAGAGGAGGGAGAUCUGCAGGUGUCAACACAACACAGAUGGGAUCAACUGUGAGAAAUGUCUCCCAAUGUUCAACGAUAAACCAUGGGCCAGGGCCACAGAGACCAGUGCUAAUGAAUGCAAACGUUGUGAGUGUAACAACAAGGCAGACCGCUGUUACUUUGACGAGGAUCUUUACCAGAGAACAGGCAGUGGGGGUCACUGUAUUGACUGCCGGGACAACACAGACGGCCCUCACUGUGAGAGGUGCAAGGACAACCACUACCUCAAGCCUGACGACCGCAGGUGUACCCCCUGUGAUUGUAACCCCACUGGCUCUGAGACUCUGCAGUGUGACGUGGCAGGUCGUUGUCAAUGUAAACCAGGGGUCACAGGGGACAAAUGUGACAGGUGUGAAAACAACUACUAUGAUUUUGGACAAACUGGAUGCAGACCCUGUGGAUGUAAUGCCAUUGGGAGCCAGGAUAACUUUCCCAGAUGUAAUCCCUCAGAUGGGACUUGUAUGUGUAAAGAAAAUGUUGAUGGUCGCAACUGUGACAGGUGUAAGCUGGGUUACUUUGCUCUGAGGGAGGAUGAUCCUAAAGGCUGUAUCCCCUGCUUCUGUUAUGGUCAUUCCUCGGAUUGCUCCAGUGCUGUGGGAUACUAUGCUACCAGCAUUAUUUCUGAUUUUGAGACAGGAAAGCAGAGAUGGACAGCUGCAGACAGAGCUAACAAUGUGAUUGCCACGGAGUACAAUGGACUGGUACAGGACCUGGGGGUGUCAGCUCCAGGAUCAGGACAAGUGUAUUUUGUAGCACCAGCUCGUUACUUGGGUGACCAGAGAUUCAGUUACAACCAGCAUCUGACCUUUGACCUGAGGAUUGGGGAGGAGGAUUCUAGACCCUCAGUGGUGGAUAUUAUCUUUGAGGGAGCUGGUCAGCAAUUCUCCUCAGCCAUUUUUGUCCAAGGAAAUGACAAGCCCUCAAUAGAAACCAAAACCUUUAAGUACAGACUGAAUGAGAGACAGGAAUCACAAUGGGUUCCCAGACUGAACUCGCAGGCUUUUAUAUCCAUAUUGGCUAACUUGACUGGACUUAAGAUCAGAGCCACCUACAACAAUCAGGGUGUGGGUUUCAUUGACAACAUUAAGUUGGACACUGCUAGAGCUGGGUCAAAUGGAGGAGACCCAGCCACGUGGGUGGAGCAGUGCACAUGUCCUGAGGGAUUUGUAGGACAGUUCUGUGAGUCAUGUGCUGGGGGAUACAAGAGAGACCCUCCCAACAGUGGCCCAUUCUCUUCCUGUGUGCCCUGCCAAUGUUUUGGACACUCGGAUAGCUGUGACCCAGAUUCAGGAAGAUGUAUCUGUCAGCACAAUACAGAGGGAGAUUUCUGUGAGAGAUGUGUUGCUGGUUACUAUGGUAACCCUAAAAAUGGCUCUGAGUAUGACUGCAAGCCAUGUCCCUGUCCUGAUGGAGGGCCCUGUACUCAGCUACACAAUGGGGAUGUUGUAUGUACAGCUUGUAAAGAAGGCCAUGGGGGAAAUCUCUGUGAUAUUUGCUUGGAUGGUUACCAUGGAAAUCCUAAAGGAGGACCUGGGGUCCAUGCUGAUUACAGAGCUUGUCAGAAAUGUUCUUGUAAUGAGAACAUUGAUCCCAAUGCCAUCCGCAACUGUGACUCACGAAGUGGAGAAUGCUUAAAGUGUAUCUACAACACUGAUGGAUUUUAUUGUGAGAAAUGUUUACCAAAUUACUAUGGUGAUGCCUUAGCCAUGCCUAAAGGGAACUGCACAGCCUGUAACUGCUAUCCCCCUGGAACACUGGAGAUAAAUGGCCUGCAGUGUGAUUCCAGAAAUGGACAGUGCACCUGUCAGGACCAUGUGGUGGGGAGACAGUGUGACUCAUGUGAAGAGGGUUACUGGAACAUCAACACAGGGACAGGCUGUGAGAGCUGUAACUGUGAUCCAUUGGGGUCUUUGAAUGAUGUUUGUAAUCAGGUAACAGGACAAUGCCAGUGUCGCCCAGGUGUGACAGGACUCAAGUGUGACCAAUGUCAGCAGUACCACUAUGGAUUCUCUAACACCGGAUGUACAGCCUGUAACUGUGACCCUGAGGGUUCUGUGAGCCUGCAGUGUGAUGGGAAUGGUAAUUGUCCAUGUCGUACAAACAUUGAAGGCCAACAUUGUGACAGAUGUAUGGAAAACAAAUACAACAUCACAGCUGGCUGUAUAGAGUGCCCACCAUGUUACAGACUAGUACAAACACAGGUCAAUAUUCACAGAGGAAAACUGAGAGAUUUGGAAAAUUUAAUUGUCAAUAUUGGAAACAACCCUGCAGCAUUCAACGAUACUCAGUUCCUGGCCUACAUGAACCAGGUCAACGACUCAGUUGUCAUGCUGUUAGAUGAGGCACGAGGCGCUGUCAGUGAUGAUGGAUCAAUGGGCAAACAGUUGUCAGAACUCAGAACUGCUAUCAGAGAUGUGAUGAUAAAAUCCAACGAGAUUACCAACAACAUCAGAAGUGCAGAGUCCAUGGCCCGCAACAGCCUGACGGACAUAGACAGUGCUAAGGAAGCUAUUAAUCGUGCUGAUGCUGCACUGCAGGCAGCGGAGCAGUAUAUAGACACCCAGGGAAGAGAAGCUUUACAGAAAGCCAGGGAUGCUCUGAAGCAGCAUGGAGUCCAGUCCAAGCAGAUGACAGAAAUUGCAAAUGAAGCCAAACUGGAAGCUGAGAGGCAGAAGAUGGAAGCUGAGAGAAUAGAAAUGUUGGCAAAGAAUGCUUUGAACACAUCUCUGGAAGCUAAACGUCUUGCAGAAGAGACAUUGGCCAUGCCUGAUGAGGCAGACAGGGAAAUCCAGAUGCUGAGACAAAAAUAUUCCGAAGCAGAUACUUUGUACAACCAGACCAAGACAUUGGCUGACAAGGCCAGAGAGAGGGCUAAGGAAGCCUACAAGGUGGCCUUGAAACUGUACACAGAAGCUACCUCUAUGCAGUUACCAGCAUUUGAUCUUGACCUUCUGGACAGCAAUACACAGAGAAUUAAAACCACUGCUGCAGACAUUAAGAAGGAGGCUCAGAAGUUGAUGCAGGACAAUGCCAAACUUCUGAAUGAUACCAUUAAUCAGAGAUCAGAAGCUGAGGGGUUACUGACCUCUGGAAUUCGAAAUCAACAGAAAGUGGAUGAGUUGUUAGCAGAAGUUGAUGUGGCCAGAACAAUGGCUAGAGAGGCAGUAGCCAGAGCUGAGAAAACAUUGGCUGAGGCUAAUGAGACCCUGCAGAUUUUACUGGGAUUUAACAAACAAGUGGAAGAGAGCAAGGGCAAAGCACAGGAAGCCAUACAGAAAAUUCCCAACAUUGAGAACCUCAUAAAACGAGCCGAGAACAAGACUCAGGAGGCCAGAGAUGCUCUCAGUGGGGCGGAGUCUGAUGCUAAUGAAGCCUUGUCAUUGGCUCAGCUUGCUCAAGUUACUGCCACUAAUGCUUCUAAAGAGGCCAGCAGAAUUCGUCUGGAAUCUGAAACAACCAAAGUUAGAUCCACCAGUCUAAAAGAUCAAGCAGACAUGUUGUCCAAUGAGCUGUCUGAAACCGAGCAAGAAUUGGCUAAAUAUGAAAACCAAGCUCUUGCGGACUCACAGCUUGCAGGAGAGGCACUGGGAAAAGCAGAUGAAGCCAAGAAUACUGCCAAGAAAGUGUCAGAUGAUGUAACUAAAGCUCUAGAGACCGUUACUAAUAUUUCAACUCUUCUAGGUCAAUUAGUAAAUGUGGAUGUGAAUAAGCUAGAUGAAUUGGAAAAAGAACUAGACGCAGCAGAAAAAGAGUUAAUGGGGACAGAUCUGCAAGAAAAGUACAAUAGUUUAGAGACAGCCAAUGACAAAAUUCUGCAGCUCGUAGCUCAAUACGAGGAAGAUUUAUCUUAUCUCAAGAAAGAGGUGGACAAUAUACAAGAAAUCAAAGAAUCUCUACCUGAUGGGUGCUUCAAGAACAUAGGAAUCGAAAAUCCUGGUUCGCAGUAGUGAACAGAGAUCUUAGAACAAAAACCCGGUAGAUCUUACAAUGUAUUUUACCAUGGAUAUUGUACAGAACAUCACAUAACUGAUGAUAUGUGAUGGUAAAUUUUUUUUGGUCAAGUUGUAGAUGAUUUGUUUUUUAUACAUGUAAGCAUAUUAAUACUCAAGUUUGUGUGGAUUAUUGUAAAAUCCAGUCUGUUGUAGGGGCCUGGAUGGUCCUUUUGAUAGGUCAAGGCAUUUAUGAUCAGCAUUGAGAGAAUGCAAACCAGAAAGGUAUAAUGGGUUGUAAUUUUACAUUAAAAUGGUGGUAACUGGAUGCAAAUACUGAGUAAUCCAAAACCAAUUUCAAUAAAUGCACCCAAAUUUUGGUUACCACUUAUGAAGGAGGAAGUAGAAAAUGACAAGUUUAUUUACAUACAAAGCCUUUUGACAUUCACAUUGGAAGCCUUUUGAUAUUUGAUUGAACUAUUUUGGAAUUUUUCACUCAAGUUUUACCUCACUUUGCAUCUCAGUAUAUAGAAAUUUGUGAUUGUGGACAGAAAGGUUGUUUUUUUAGUAAUUAAAUAUUUUAAUAAACCACCAACCAAGGAAAUAGGUUGAACAAAGCAGGUUUUUUUUUUCAAUUUUUUUUUUUACAACAAAUUUUUACAUCUAUAUGUAUCAUGAAUAUUGUUUAUUUUUAGUGACAAAGCAUAGUUGUUUGUAGAUAGGUUUUUAUCAGAUAUGUAUUAUUUUGUGGUAUGACAUUUUUUCUGCAUGGACAUUGUGUUUUAGCCUUUCAUAUGUAACUCAUUUUUCAGAAUAUGUAUACAAGUACAUAUGUAUUAUAUGUAGUGCCUAUGUGUGUCAUAUUUCAUCAAUAUAUAAUGACUUAUUUUAUCAUGUGAUCUAUAUGUACAAAUGUUUACAUUUUAAUGAAAUGAGUGUGGUAAUGACUCAAUUUGCAAAUAGAAGCUUUAAUAUGUUAAAAUAAUGUCUUUCUGGGUAUUUUUCCCUGGGGCUCUUGGGAUUAUUCUGUUUAAAUUUUCAGUAGUUCUAUGCAAAAUAAACCAUUCUGCCAAUAUUCUUAGUCAGAGGUGACAACAUCAGUGUUUACAAAAUGGCAUCCAUUAGGGAUCACCAAUGGUUUUGAAUAUUGUUUCCUUGGAAACCCAGUUGUCUAUUGAGAGGGUUUACACCACUUCCUGUGUUGAUGUGAAAACUCGCUCAAACGGUGCUAUCUUAUGAAACCCAUCCAGCUUACAAUGUUUUUGUCCGUAGAUGUCUUCUUGUCAUAAUUUAAUUCAAACCAAGAUUGUAAUUGUGUAGAGAUCUGAGUCCAUGUUUAAAUUCUUUUGUAGAAUCUAGAGUAAGAUUAUUUAUUCUGUGUUUCAAUCGAUAGUCCAUCCAUUACAACAAAGAAUAUGUGAUUUUAGGCAUUAAUGUUAAUUUAAAUGAAGUGUUGUAGAUUUUAGCUGCUUAAUGCAGUCCUAUAAAUUUAUGUACAUACAGAUUUAUUUUAAGAAAAUAAGCAAAUUGAUUCAGUUACAAUUUUCUGUAAGUUAUGAUGUCUUUGUUACAAAUUUGUAAUUGAAUUCUAUUCACCUUUAUAAUGCCUUCACUUCAUGUAUCAUGUGCCAAACUUUCCUAGAUACAGCAAAUUUUUAACAUCAAGGGGGAAAUGUUUCUAAUGUAAACAAUAAACUUCUGUCAGUAAAUAAUAUUUUGAGAAGGUCCCUUUCUUUGUCAAUAUUGUCUUUCUACAAUAAACCAGGAAAAAAAUGAAA